AUGUUGCUCAAGGGUGUCACAUGGCAGUUCAAUCCUCCUCAUGCUUCGCACUUUGGCGGAGUAUGGGAACGCCAGAUUCGCACAAUUCGACGAGUACUUCGUGGCCUGUGUCACCAGCAGGUCAUGACAGAUGACACUCUGCACACCCUAUUCUGUGAGGUAGAAGCUAUCAUAAAUGGCAGGCCAUUAACCAGGGUUACUGAUGAUCCUGAUGGUCCUCAACCACUAACACCCAACAUGCUGCUAACCCUGAAAGGUGCAGGAGGUCCAAUAACGGAUACUGAUCAUAGUGAUCUUUAUGUUCGUCGACGUUGGAGGCAAGUUCAAUACCUGGCAGACCUCUUCUGGAAGAGGUGGACAAAGGAAUAUCUUCCACUUCUCCAGGAACGCCAGAAGUGGACCACGAGACAGCGUAACCUGAAGGUUGGAGAUAUUGUUCUGAGCCUAGACAACAAACUGCCCCGAGGUUCAUGGCCUUUGGGACGUGUGCUGGAAGUGAUAAGUGAUGCUGAUGGUCACGUGAGGAGUGCUCGCUUGAAAACUGCUAGUGGAGAGUACCUCAGACCAAUUAGCAAGAUGUGCCUUUUGCUAGAAAAUGAAAUAGAUGUAGGUGUCAGUAAAGGGUGUACGCCGAACGCUGCCCUUAAAUGCUGA